UAACACCUAGCGACCGGCUAACAGAAACUUGAGGUCUACCGACAUUCUAGUCGAAACUGGCACUCUUGAUUGUUUGCUCAAUGUUGAAUUUCUAUAUUACUUUCUAUUCUUUUCUUUAGAGCAUCGGAGCACAUGUAAUUGUUGUGCCUUGAUAGAAAAUAUUUUUACAUGGAUAAAAAUAUUUAUGUUCAUGCUAACGUAAUUUAACAUUGCCAAUUUUCACUAAAAAUGUUUAUCAGUAGCAUUAUAUAAAAUUAAUAUAAAAUUUAGUUCAGUUGAUAUUAAAUUAUUCGAGUUAUUGGCGACAGAAAGUAAUAUAUAUUAUGCCGACUGUGAUUGCUUUGGACGUGUCUCUGUCAAUGAGACGUCCAGUUUUAGGAGCUGGCGUAAAUGAUAACUUACAAAAUGAAUUAAUAACACGACAUCACUUGGCAAUACAAGGAAUAAAUACUCUUUUACAUUAUUUACAAGUUAAUUCCAAAUUAGAAUUUGUUUCCUUAAUUGUAUUUUCAUCAUUAUACGAUGUUAUUUGCCCUUUUACUCGAGAUUAUGACAGUAUAAGAUCUAAAUUACAAAUAAUCGAAGAACGUGAUAAAACUUGUAUAGAAACUGCUCUGCAUGGAGUUAACAAUGUUAUAAUGAGUGAAUGGGGAAACACAACUGCUUGCCAAGUUAUUUUAAUAACUGAUGGAAAUCCAGGAGUUGGGCCUAUGUCACUUGGUCAUUCGUUACAAUCUGUACAUACAGCAAGAGAAUCUAGUUCAUUUCCAUUGCCAUUUCCAUAUCCAGGAAAAUUGAGUGUAGUUUGUUUAACAUCUCAACAAGAUCCUGGCUUUGUUCAAAAUUUCUCUUUAUAUCAAAAAUUAAUUGAAUUAGCUGGGGGAGAUAGUGCUAUACUUAUUCCUGAAGGCAGUUUAACAAAAAAUUCUGUUAACAAUUGUUUUCAGAAACUCGUUGAAACGAAUUACGUAUCUUUUCAAGGAUAUUUAAAAUGUGGAAAUUUAGGAUCGAGAAUCUUAUUAUCUCCGGCACCGAUUAAUUAUACUAAAAAAACUGAUUUUGAAAUUAUCUCGGGGUUGACGAUAUCUAAAACGAUUGAAAUAUGUGGUUUUAUUUCUGUUGCCGAUGUAGGAAGCCCUAAUUCUAUUUCACGACACUUAAUAUUACCUUUACCUACUGAAAAAACACCAAGUAUGCAAGGAGUAGUAACGUUAGACGAAGAAUCCGAUACCGAAAAUAAUGGAGAUGAGGGAAAAUGUCCCUCAUUUUGUGUUCUUUUACAUGGUGCGUUAAAAGUUGAAAAUUUAGCAGCUCUAUGCCUAUUACAGACAGAUUGGUAUGGAUUUAUUUAUUCUUGGGCUGAUACAAAAAAAAAAUGUAGUUUAAUGUUGACAGUAUUAGAACCAGGAACUGAUGUUGUACCGUGGUUAGGUAAUUUUAAUAGUUUAGGUACUGUUGACUCUGCUGACAAAGACAUUGAAGUUUUAAGUUUUCCAAUCAAACCAUCAGAAAAAAGAAGUUAUUCACAAAAUGCACCGUCAUGGAUUAGACAAGUUGGACUACAAUCAGACAUACAAAAAAUUCUAAGACAUGCAAGAAAGUUACCUGAAAAAACCCAAAAUUUCUACAAGGAAUUGAAUAGAUUGAGGCGUGCUGCAUUAUCAAUGGGAUUUAUCGAACUAUUAGAUGGAUUAGCUGCAAUUUUUGAACGAGAAUGCGCUUUGUUACCACCAAACUUACACGUAGAUUGUACAAUACAAAUGGGCCACGUUGCUGAAAUGUUACGAAAGCCUUUCUUUCGAGAGCUUAAAAAUAAUAUUACGCCUGUAAGAACGAAAUUUCAUCAAGGAGAUCAAUAAGUUAUUUUGUAUUUUAAUAUUUUCUAUCAAAUUAUUUAAUUAAUUUUUUCAUAAUUAAUAAAAUUGUACAAAUGUA